AUAUGCCCAGCGUCUUGUGACUUGACGUCUUUUUCACCAGCUCAACUUAAUUCCAUUCCUCUGACAAACACAGCGUUGGCCGCCGCAUCUGCGCCAUUUGACUCCCACCAUGUCAUACGUUGAUAACCUCUCGGGCCAGUUUGGCAGCCUCGGAAUUGGAGGCUCUCAGCCCUACCAGUCCCCUCCUCCCCCCGGAUCAGGAGAGCAGGGCGGAUAUGGCUACCAUUCGGCCAACCAAGAUGGAGGCCCUCCUGCGCAAUACCACGCCUCUCCUCCUAUGCCAACUUAUCAGCCUCCCUCUGACAAGCCGGCUAUUCCCCAAGGAUGGAUUCCUCUCUUUGACCAGAGCCGCCAGCGAUGGUACUAUGCCAACAAGGAGACCGGAGCCACCCAGUGGGAGGCUCCAGGCUACAUUGCUCCUCCACGACCUCCCAUGGAGAGCUACCCGAGCGAGGAAUCACGAGGCAGCGGCCCUUCGCCCUAUCCCCCAGCAGCACCCUACGGUCCCACGCCUGGAGGCUACGGAGCUCCUCCUCCAGGACCUCCCCCCUCCGCCUCUUACGGUGCACCACCCCUGCCUCCUGCCGGCUACGGGGCUCCGGCAGGAGAGUAUGGCCAUAGCAGCCAUGGUAGCUAUGGUGGUGAGGGCCGCGGUGAGGGCUACAGCGAAGAGAAGAAGAAGAAGUCGUCUGGAAAGGGUGGCUUGCUUCUUGGUGCCGCCGGUGGUGUUGCCGCCGGUCUUGUAGGUGGUGCCCUUCUGCAUCACGCCCUGGAAGAUAGCAGCAGCGACGAAGAAGAGGAGAGACGCGAAGAAGAGAGACGUGAAGAAGAAAGACGCUACGAAUAUGAACAGGCACCAUCACAGACAAUCAUUGUCAACGAGUACAACACUACGAACUACAACGACUAUAACGAUCCCUACGAAGAGACUGGUGUGCCGGGCAUCCUCCCUUCAAGAGAUGCAGAGGGUAAUUAUGUGUCUGAAAGCGAUCGAGAGUCUGUUCAAGAAGCACGUGAAGAAUACGAGGAGUUGGCAGAGGCUAGGGAAGAGUACGAGGAGGAGUACGAGGAAACUUAUGACUAGAGACGAACAAGGUUGAAGUUGAAGAAAAGACUAGCCGUCAUCUCGACUGUCUAACGACUAUCUGAACACUAUUGGCAUUGUGAAGCACUGUCAUUUUUUAUAGAUCUAGGACCUAGCUGUCUGUCGUGUGAGUAUGUCUAGCACACACUUACACAAGGAUUUUACUAUGAAUAUAUCAUAUCCUGCAAGAUAGUGGCAGUAUGUAGUAAAUUAUGCUAUUUUCAUAA